GCUAGAUAUUUGGCCAGUCAGUCACGUCGCUUCGGAUUGAACAGUACUGUUUCCUUAGUACUGCACAGCUGCCUUGCCAGCAAGUUUUGCCCAGAAAACAAAAAAACCUCUGGUUCAUCCAGGUUCAGUUGAAGCUUGAUCUGAGACGUAAAGUUUCAAAACUAACUCACCAUGGCUGACGAUGAAGCAAAGAAGGCGAAACAGGCCGAAAUCGAGCGCAAGCGUGCCGAGGUGCGCAAGCGCAUGGAGGAAGCCUCGAAGGCUAAGAAAGCCAAGAAGGGUUUCAUGACUCCGGAGCGUAAGAAGAAGCUUAGGUUACUUCUGCGCAAGAAAGCCGCUGAGGAACUAAAGAAAGAACAGGAGCGCAAGGCAGCGGAGCGUAGGCGCAUCAUUGAGGAGCGAUGUGGCAAGCCCAAAAAUAUCGAGGAGGCUAACGAAGCGAGUCUGAAGAACAUAUGUAAAGAAUACCACACCAGAAUUUGUUCCCUAGAAGGCGAAAAGAUUGAUUAUGAAUAUGAAGUUGCUAGGAAGGAUUUUGAGAUUUCCGAUCUAAAUGCCCAGGUUAACGAUCUGCGCGGCAAGUUCGUUAAGCCAACCCUCAAAAAGGUUUCCAAGUACGAGAACAAAUUUGCCAAGCUCCAGAAGAAGGCCGCUGAGUUCAACUUCCGUAACCAGCUCAAGGUUGUCAAGAAGAAGGAAUUCACCCUGGAGGAGGAAGACAAAGAGGCAAAGAAAUCGGAGAAAGCCGACUGGCAGAAGAAAUAGAUGCGGCUGACAUCAUGAUCAACCAACUGCAUAGAAUGAAGCCGUUUCCGUUCUCUGAUAUUAAUUUGGCAUUAAAUAAAAUGAAAUUAUGAAACGUUUGCGGUCAACAAAACUCUACACCCACGCGUAUCUGCCAUCCCUUAUUCCCAAUUGUUUGUCAAUUAUAAUUUUUUUCCGUAUAUGAUAUGGUAUCGUUUUUUUCUAUAAGUAACCCUUUACAACUACCGUGAAUCUUAGUGAAGUGAAAAAAAAAACAAACUUUAAUUCACACUGCUUUAAACAAUUUUUUAGCCAAAAAAUCUUAGCUUUACACUUAUAUUGUAACGUGCAGUGAAGGUAUUAUCAAGCUGAAUCAAUCGUUUUCUUACAAUUGAUUUAGAAAGGCAUAUUUUUUCGAUGGCAACGUGUAUCGGUUUAACAUUGUUUUCUCUGAGUUUGAAUGUCCGGACGGAAGCUAUUUACAAGCAUUAAAAAAAAGCCCACGGAAAAACCAACAGCUCUACCCAAUCCCGUAGGGCACACCAAUAAAAUUUAUGAUUUCGGUUAUUGUAGCAUAUACCACACAAACACACCAGCGAAAAAACUAAUUAUCUUUAUGGUCAGAAGAAACCGGACUGGUCUAAGAAGGGAGACAAGGUAAAAGAGGAAGCAGCAGAAGCUGUUGAAGCCGAGGCAUAAACCCGUGUACGAAAAAAUCUUCAUAAUUUCUUACAAGAUAUGGCAGCCUAUGUUACCACACGCGCAAUGUUGCUAUUUUUCGGAUUUAUUCCGUUAAUAAAAAUUCACAAAUAAAAAAAAAACCCCAAAAAAUCAUCUACUAUCCUAUGCUACCGACACCUUUUUGAAAAUCCAUGAUUACGUUUUGAACAUUUAUUUAUCACUCAUUAUAACCUUCGUUUUUUAUCAUCUUUUGUAUUGUCAUGAGUCGCUUAUAGUAUAAUUAUUGCCUUAAAAUGCAAAUUACACAAAAUUAAUACAAAAACGCUCAUUUCAUUACAAUUUCUAAAUGAUAGAGGAUGAAAAGGAGUAACAUUGUCGCUUUUUGUUUUGUUUAAUUUUAUACUUCUUAGUAAGCAAAGCCUUCAUUCUAAAGUAAAAGGAAAUAAAACUUAUUCUUAAGCCUCUAAACUUCAUCGACAACCAACCUUUCAGUGGGUGAAUCGAUAGUGUUGUAAUGGAAUGGAAUUAGUUUUAACUAUUGCCUAUCUUUAUCUGGCCUUUUAUUUUUUUGGCUACUAUCAAACCGAGAACCUUUUAUGUUUACAGCAGAGAGAAAAAAAUGAUAUCAAUAAAUUUCAUCCAAUAAAUUUGUUUUAAA